CAAAUGCCCACGGAAACAACCCACCAAUUCAUAACGGCCUUAAGCCAAUUCUAACCACCAUUUUUAAAACAGAAAAAGGAAAAAGGAGAAAGGAGAGAUGUCAAGCAGAGCAUUACUACCUAUAAUUUCUUCAGUCUCUGCAUUGUCUCUCCUCACUCCACCAAACCUUCCUCGAUUUUCGUGUUGCCCUCCCAACCACAAGACAGACAGCAAGAAUCAGCUCUCUAGCAUCAGAUCGAGUGGGCUUUCUAGUUCUAAUAUUAUUGGGUUGAGGAGAAUGGAGAGUUUCAUAGCGCGAGCUUCGGCCCAACCAUUGAAGAACGCUGACGAGCUCAUCGACUCGGUCGAAACUUUCAUCUUCGAUUGCGAUGGAGUAAUAUGGAAAGGGGACAAAUUGAUAGAUGGAGUCCCAGAAACUCUUGACAUGCUACGGUCAAAGGGCAAGAGACUAGUUUUUGUUACCAACAACUCAACAAAGUCGAGGAAACAGUAUGGUAAAAAGUUCGAGACUCUUGGUCUGAGUGUCAGUGAGGAGGAGAUUUUUGCAUCCUCUUUUGCUGCUGCUGCAUAUUUGAAGUCCAUUGAUUUUCCAAAAGAUAAAAAGGUCUAUGUGAUAGGUGAGGAUGGCAUCUUAAAGGAGCUUGAGCUUGCAGGUUUUCAAUAUCUCGGUGGACCAGAUGAUGGUGCAAAGAAGAUUGAGCUUAAGCCUGGGUUUCUGAUGGAGCAUGAUAAAGAUGUUGGAGCUGUUGUGGUUGGAUUUGAUCGUUACUUCAACUACUACAAAAUCCAGAUUUUUUUUUUUAAUUCUGAUGGAAGGUAUGGAACCCUCUGUAUUCGUGAGAACCCUGGGUGUCUUUUCAUUGCUACGAAUCGAGAUGCUGUCACUCAUCUAACUGAUGCUCAGGAAUGGGCAGGAGGUGGCUCCAUGGUUGGUGCUAUUAGUGGAUCGACUCAGCGUGAGCCAUUGGUCGUGGGAAAACCCUCAACUUUUAUGAUGGACUACCUGGCGAACAACGAUGCAUGCUCAAAACAUCAUAUCAGACUUCUACACUUAACGGGCCCUUCAAUAGAUUCUUUGACGGUUGAUUUUGUUCCAACAGCCACAUCUACUCGUCUUAGACGCAGUACUCGUGUUCAUAAACCACCAGAUAGAUUUGGGAUCCUAAAGUCCCAGAUAUGCAUGGUUGGGGACAGAUUGGAUACUGAUAUUUUGUUUGGACAAAAUGGCGGGUGUAAAACUCUGCUAGUUCUCUCAGGUGUAACCUCUUUAUCAAUGCUUCAAAGUCCCACUAACACCAUACAACCAGAUCUUUAUACCAACAAGAUUUCUGAUUUUCUUUCCCUGAAGGUCGCUACAAUAUGACUGAGUAAGCAUCCAGCAAUAGUUAUCUUAUGAUUUACUACUUUAGUAUACAUUAAUGGUUGUAAGAUCGGAAGACUUAAAGCAACUAAAUUUGCUAUUUCUCCAUAACCAACUAGAGAUCAUUCUUUUUCCCCCUUCGUUGUAUACCAUAAGGCAUGUGCUGCUGUAUUUACAAUUCUUAUGUCCCAAAUGGUUUUUAUACUA